AUGCAGCGCGCGCUACCGAAUCCGGCAAUUCCCGCGCCCGACCAACCUAGUUCAGAGCACAUUAGACGCAUCAGGAACGAUUCUUUCUCUGGCUCGGAAGGCAGCUCGGGUUACUCCCCGUACAGCACAGCGAAACAUGAGCUCGAGGUGUCGGAAGAGGACAUGCACGCUGCGCUCACCUCCCAGUCGCUGAACGCGGACGGGACGCCGAAGCGGCCCAUGAACGCGUUCAUGAUUUUCGCGCGCAAGCGGCGCCCCGAGGUCUCCGCCGCGAACCAGACGAUGCGCACCGGCGAUAUCAGCAAAAUUCUGAGCAGGGAGUGGAACGCGAUGGAGAUGUCGGACAAGCAGUUCUACCUCGACCAGGCCAAAAAGCUGAAGGACAACUUCAACGCAAAAUAUCCCGACUACGUGUACCGGCGCAGGCCUAAUAACUCGCGUAAGAAGCGGCGGACGGACGGCGGCAUGAACCGCCUCCCUGACUCCGCAUCGUUCGACGGUGGGGACGACUUUCUGGGUGCGGCGGACUGGGAGGACCAUUCUCCUGUCGAGGGGGAAGACGGGUUAGGCUACAGCCCUGAACUGCAAUAUUCGCGUGGUCACUCUACGGGGUACCCGCCCACGAAGGAGGAGAGCAACGACUUCCUCCCGCGCGCGGGCCCUUAUGGCUCGUACGAGAGUCCUACCGGACAAUACGGCGCACCGCAGUACACCAAUCCGCCCGUCCCGAACACUCACUCUUAUCCGUCCCAAGUGCACAUUGCUGGGCACUCGCAGUCGCCGCCCCUAUAUCAGGACCAUGGCGUCGGCCAGUCCUGGACGGGCAGCCGAGUAGAAGGCCGCGCCCCUGGCUGGUCGACUACACAGUCGCUGAGUCUCAGCACCCAGCAGGAGCCGUCGCUGUCGCCCCUCGCGAGCUCGAAGGAUCUUUACUCGCCUCGCUCCUGGUCGAGCUCCAUCUCGUCCGACUCGUCUAGCGCGUCCAGCGGUGUCAUCCCCGGACACGGGCAAACCAGCUCCUUCCCGACCCUUAACUCGCCUUUCUACCCCCAGACACCCGGCUUGGACGAGGGUACACCGCACGCGGGCAGCCCGCAGUACUUUCCCGGCCCGUCUUCCCAGGAGGACUCAUAUCUAGGGCGUAAUACGGGGAGUCCGUACGACGGUUCCAGCUACGCACGGUCGUCCGGCACUUCGUAUAUUCCUGGGCAGGCCGAUACUCUUGGUCGAUCGACCCUCUCCCGCCCUCUGCCGUCCAUCCACUCGAUGCCCGCCUACAGCCUCCACCAAAACAUCCACAGCAUGAACGCGCCUGCGCCGACAUCCGGGCCGUCCUCGAACAUGGGAUACUGGGAUCGGGAUAGAGUAGGCGACUCAUAA